AUAUCCAUAUUAGUUUAGAUUAGAUUUAUUACAUGUGCUUUGUGCCAUUUCCAUUGGGGAGUUAUUUAUGUUGUUAAAUGUGGCAUGUCUUGUAGUCCAUUUAUAGUUUGCUGGUUAAGAACUUAUGACAAUACGUCAGCAACAGCCAUUAAUAUACUAUUUACUUCACUUGAUAGAAUCUUUUAAUGUACAUAGACCCUUGUGAGCACAGCCCACCUGUUGCUACCCACAAGUAAUAGCUAAUGGAUGACAGUAUAAAUUGUUUGCUUUUUACACCAAGAACUUAUAAAUUAAAUACCUUGCAUUACUUUACUUUCUUGCGUAUUGGCGGGCGCUAUUUAUGAGAAAUACUUCUGUAUAGCUAAAAUGCAUUUUAUAUGUGAUAGUUUUAUUUUGAAAACAAGUUCCAACAUGUUUCCGUUGGCAAAAGCUAACAUGAAAUGGCUUGCAACUUUGUGAUAGUUUUGUUAGCGACUAUUAAAAGUAACUGUGUAUUGUGUUAACAAUGGACACGGCUAUCAGUGUUUAUCAAAUGGACAACACAGACAUAUUCCUGCCGUUGUCAUCAUUAAGGCUGCUGAUCCCUCCUCUGCGGCUGCUCUCUGCAGCCAUGUGGCAGGUGGCUCAGAGGGGAGACAUUCUUGAUUAUGAAAAGCUCGAUGAGUUUGUGACCUUGGUGACAGCCACGGUUCCAGAUCUGCUCACUCCAAAGCAGCGAGGCAGACUGCUUCUCCGACUGCGAUCAAAAAUUAUUCUUGAGUUGUGCAGAACUGAGGAACCAGCGGACAUUUUGUGCAUACAGCAUCACUUAGAGAGAAUCCGCCCCCCAGGAUACACAGGAAGUGGAGAUGCAGAGGUGGAUGCAGAGGAGACAAUUUUUGUGGAGCUUAUCCAAACACUUCUAAAAGACCCAGCAGAAAGGGAGCAUUUUUACCAGGAGAUUUUUCCUACCGAAUAUGGUCUCAGCUAUGACACAGACAUGCAGCUCCUUGUGUGGGAGUUUCUUUUCAAACUGGAGAAACUCCUGCCAGUACCAGACCUCAGUCAGACCGUGUCUUGGCUGACCUCUGCCCCCUCUGUACUGAAGGACUGCUUAGAGGUGCUUUCCAGUCCUGAUGACCUGAGGUCUCUGCUGCAACACCACAAAUGCCUCAAGCACCUUGGCUCACAAGGUACUGCUGUGGAGAUGUCCUCCCAGGUCUUUGCCUGCUCCAAAUGUCCAUUUUUCCACAUGCAGGAGUCCUACCUGCUGCAGCACAUUGAGCACAGUCACCCUGAAUGCUACAACAGGUUCCAGAAGACUGCAGAAACAGCUGAGGCCCCCAAGAAGAAGAUGCAGCAUCCUGAGUUCCCAAAGCCUUUUCCCAUACACGACAAACCUGACCCUCAUGUGUGCCAGGAGUGUGGCAAAACAUUUACACGCACCUCAGAUGUGACGCGUCACCAGCGCACCCACACGGGUGAGCGCCCAUACACCUGUGAGGAAUGUAAAAAGGGCUUCAAGAACUCUUGGGAUCUGACCAGACAUCAGCGCAUUCACACUGGGGAAAGACCCUUUCUCUGCUCCCAGUGUGGCAAACGGUUCACACAGAUGGGUUUGCUCAAACUGCAUUUCGAAAGAACCGCAUGCGGCCAAGCACGCAACCCUCCCCUAGAGUUAACAACAGAGGUUGUAGUAGCAGAGGAAGCAUCAGAGAAGGCCAGUGGUCAGUACAAAUGCCAGAAAUGUGGAGAGUGCUUUAGCAGCAUCCUGGAUCGGCUGAGGCACAGGCAGAUGCAUGUGGUACAACAUCAGUACAAAUGUUCUCUGUGUGAGAAGAUCUACAGCCGAGCGUCAGACUUAAAGAGACACCAGAUGAAACACACUGGCGAGCGGCCAUUUGCCUGCGAUUGUGGGAAAAGCUUCACGCAUGUGUGGCUUUUGAAUAAGCACCAGCAGAUCCACACCAGGGAGCGUCCAUACUCCUGUGUAGAGUGUGGGAAGAGCUUCACACAACUCCAGAUCCUAAACAGGCACCUGUUAACUCACAACAGCCAGCGGCCUUUCCAGUGCUCCUGCUGUGAGAAGAGCUUCACCCAGCUGGCCAGCUUGACACGUCACGAGAGAACCCACACAGGCGAGAGGCCGUACUACUGCACCACUUGUGAGAAGACGUUCCUCACACAUGGAGAGCUGGUCAGACAUCAGCACAGCCACAGCAACUUUAAGCCAUUCAGCUGCUCACAGUGCCCAAAGACCUUUAAAACGAAACGUGCUCAGAGUGAGCACCUCAACACACACACAGGUGAGCGUCCAUUUGCAUGCACAUGUUGUGGGAAGAGGUUUGCCAAAUCAACCUCACUCGUGCGACACAACCUGAUUCACACAGGGGAGCGACCCCACCAGUGCUCUCAAUGCAGAAAGACCUUCCUCACAUCCAGUGAGCUGCUCCUUCACAAACGGAUCCAUACAGGAGAAAGGCCUUAUCCCUGCUGCUAUUGUGAGAGGAAGUUCAGGUGCUCCUCUGACCUUAACAUGCACAUCCGAACACACACCGGGGAGAAGCCACACAGCUGUAUGUUCUGUAAAAAGAGUUUCUCUGCAUCUACAAGGCUGAAGAGACACAUGCGUACACACAUGGAAAAGGGUAUAGUCGUGGAAUCAUUUAACUUUUGAGCUGUCAAGAGCUAAUAAUGUAUUUAUUAGAACAUGAUGAUUGUUGUCAUUAAAACGUAUAAAUCAACAGAAUUUUUUUAUUUUUUAUUGUAAUGAUUUUUGUUACAUGAAAAUUGCCUUUGGAAACAUAGGAAUGAUAGCUUUUUUGGUGUUUGCUGACAAAUAUAAUUUGUGGUCAAAUAAAUACAUUUAUAUAGUAGAUGUUUCUGUUCAACACAACUUACAGUCAGUGAUUUCAACCUCCAUAGGACAAGAGUUAGAUAUUAUCAGAAUUUGUAAGUGUAUCUCCCAAACAAAAAAUAAGGGCUAAUUUUAAUAAUGACAGUCUGGCCAUCCAACACAGUGCUGAAUGUCAGUGUUUCUCAACCUCUUUGGCUUGUGACAAC